UUUCAGAACUGAAAGACUCCAACGACUGCCACCACCGCCUCCUCUUCGUCAACCUCUGCUCCCUCGUCCUCCAACACUACUCCUCCCGCUUCUUCCACGAAUCCUUCUUCCUCCCCGCCCUCCUCGAGCUCGUCAAAGACCCCGUACCAAAUGUCCGAUACCGCGUCGCCCCACUCCUCCCAGAAAUCCGCAGAGGGCUCCGAAAAGCCGAAAACUCGGCCUUGCAAGCUCGCGUCAACGACGGGAUCGGCGUGCUGAUUGGGGAUAGCGAUAUGGAUGUUAGUGAUGCGGCGAGAGCGUUGCCGAUGGGCCCGCGGUUGGAGGGGAUCACGGAGCAGGAUUUGGUGACGGUGUUGGGGAGGUUGAUCACGGGCGCCGAGGAUAUAGCUGCCGCAGUAGCGGAUCUGUCCCCUGACGCGGCGCAGAGGCUGUACGACCUCCAAGACGCGCGAAAAGAGGAAGACGAGCAUAAGUUGACAUUGCUGGAAUUCGAGAACGAGGAAGCGGUGCGCAAACGCGAUAUGGAGGAUGCAAGAGCGGAGUUUACGAAACAGCUUGCGGAGAAGAGCGCGGGUUCGGCGACCAGCGGGAAGAAAACGAAGGCGGCCGCGGCGUGCAAAGGUCCGCCUGGUGGUGCGGACCGGGAUAUGGCGGGCGGUGGAUCGAGUAGUAUGACUGGGAGCGGUGGGUUGGCGAAAGUACGGACAAGUGCGGGGCCCGCGGUGCCUAGCGCGGUGGUGUCGAAGGUGAAACCUUAUGGCGGGGCGUCAACGCUCCCGCAGUUCACUGCCGAGCGCCGGAUGUCGAACCCGGUCACGGUAAGCAACGCGUCGCGGAUCCAUUCCACAUCCACAGGGCAUCGCGGCGCGGCCGUGUCGUCUACGUCCAGCACCGACAGCACCCAUUCCCCAAUAGACCGACACGCCAUGUCCGCUUCGCACGCCGAAGGCGCCAAACGUGCGUCGGCACGGUCGGCCCUCUCUACCGCGCGCGGCCACGGGCCCGCCGAAGCCGAGAUCCCCGUCGGCAACCGUCUCCCAGGCCUACGCACCGGUGGCGGGACCUCCCGCUCAACAGCUGCUGCUACCGGACGAAGCAUGUACACCAAUGGAAGCAAUGCAUCGAAUACCACCAGCACCAACACGACCACCACCCGCACCGCCCUCGCCUUCCCCCUCACCCCCGUCCACCGCUCCCAAGAACUCUACACGCCCACCACCUCCUCCGUGCCCACCACCUCCCCCCGCCUCCAACGCUCCGGCUCCGGCACCUCAUCCUCAUCAUCGCCCUCAUGGAUGACAACAUCAACAACCAGCGCGGUGAGAGCGGCUCACGGACCACCGAAAAUGAAUAUGAAGCUCUCGCCUAUACCGAGGAUUGCGACGGGGGGUGCUGGAGGGUUGGAGGGUAACCCGUAUGGAGCGACACCAACGCAUCAUCCGGGGAGUGCGGGGAGGGGACAGAGGGAGAAGGGCCUUAGGAAUCAUAAUUGAGGUUGGGGAUAAAAGUUUUCUGGGGUCUGUGUCCGAUUCUUUUUGUUCCUCAUUCCUUCUCUUUUUUUGGAUCUCGGGAUGUGGUGUUCUUUUUGGGGAUUUCAUUCUUUUGAUUUGCAUAUGCAUGUACAUUCUUUUUGGGGUCUGCUC